CCAAUCAGAGCCGUUAACAGGACGUGACGUCAGUGAACGGCCUUGUCAAGGAAGCUGGAAGUUUUUGCUCCUUACGACAUCCCUGUUCUAUCGAUUGUAAAGUGCGAAUUGUGGACAGGAAAUUUUACUUUUAAAGAAUUUGAUAUUUUAACACACCUUUUUUGUUUGUUUUUUCAACGUUGAGUUAAACGUAAAAGAAAAGCAGCGACAGGACAAAAGUUACAGGAAGUAAAGUCGUCAAACAUCAGUCAGUAUCAUGUUAGCCUCCACAAUGCCGGACAAUAUCUGCGGUGAACUCCACGAUGAACAGGCCAAUGAAGUGGACAAAUAUCUAACCCCCCUGAAAUUGUCAGAUAGAACUCUGAUGGAGCUGUCCAUAAGAUUUCGACGUGAGAUGGACAAAGGGUUGUGCAGGGACACAAACCCCACAGCUGCGGUCAAAAUGCUGCCCACGUUUGUGCGCUCAACUCCCGAUGGAACAGAGGAAGGUGAAUUUCUGGCCCUUGACCUUGGAGGAUCCAAUUUCCGAGUCCUCUUAGUGAAAGUCAAGGCUAACGGCAAGCAAAAAGUGGAGAUGGAAAAUCAAAUUUAUGACAUUCCUGAACAUAUAAUGAGAGGCAGUGGGACAGAGUUUUUUGAUCACGUGGUCGAUUGUCUCUCAAAUUUCAUGGAGAAAAGGGGAAUUAAAGACAAGAAACUCCCUUUAGGCUUCACUUUCUCUUUCCCGUGUCAGCAGACCAAGAUAGAUGAGAGUGUUUUGAUAUCAUGGACCAAAGGCUUCAGGGCCAGUGGAGUGGAGGGUAAAGAUGUUGUUAGUCUUCUGAGAAAAUCCAUCAAAAAAAGAGGGGACUUUGACAUUGAUGUGGUGGCAGUAGUCAAUGACACUGUGGGGACUAUGGUGACCUGUGGCUACGAUGAUCACCUCUGUGAAAUUGGCCUCAUUGUGGGGACGGGGACCAAUGCCUGCUACAUGGAACAGAUGAGGAACCUGGAGGUGCUGGAGGGAGAUGAAGGACGUAUGUGUGUAAAUACAGAGUGGGGAGCUUUUGGAGAUGAUGGCAGCUUGGAGGACCUGCGUACUGACUAUGACAGGGAAAUAGAUGCUGGCUCUCUUAACCCUGGAAAACAGCUGUUUGAGAAGAUGAUCAGUGGCAUGUACCUGGGGGAACUAGUCCGUCUCAUCCUGGUGAGGAUGGCUAAAGAGCAGCUGCUCUUCAGGGGCCAGACCCCAGCAAAACUCCUCACCACAGAGAGCUUCAGCGUCAGAAACAUCUACGCCAUUGAAAAUGACAAAAAAGAAGAAGGUCUGGCCUGUGCUGAGAAAGUUUUACGGGACCUGGGUCUGGACCCAUCUGUGGAGGACUGCUUAGCCACUCAGAGGGUGUGUCAAAUAGUAUCGACACGGGCUGCUCACCUGUGUGCUGCCACCCUGGUGGCCAUACUGCGGCAAAUUCGGGAUAACAAAGCGGCCGAGAAAUUGCGUACAACCAUCGGAGUGGAUGGCUCUGUUUAUAAAAAUCAUCCACAGUUUCCCAGGAGGCUUCACAAGAUGGUACGUCGACUUGUACCUGACUGCGAUGUACGGUUCUUGCUGUCCCAAGACGGCAGUGGAAAAGGAUCAGCCAUGGUGACAGCAGUAGCCUAUCGUUUGGCAGCUCAGAUAGCUGAGCGUCACCGUGUGCUUGACACCUUGCGUCUGACCCGUGAGCAGCUGCUGGAGGUGAAAACAAGGAUGAGCGAGGCGAUGCUGCAAGGCUUGUCUAAACAAACCCAUGGACAGGCAAGUGUCAAGAUGCUCCCUACCUACGUCAGAUCAACACCAGAUGGAACAGAGCAUGGCGACUACCUGGCUUUGGAUCUUGGAGGUUCAAGCUUUCGGGUGUUGCUGGUUCAAAUGCAACAUGAGAAAAGACACAGUGUGGACAUGCACCAAAAGAUCUACACCAUUCCACAGGAGAUAAUGCAAGGCACAGGAGAAGAGCUUUUCAGCCACAUUGUGCACUGUAUCUCGGAUUUUUUGGAAUACAUGGGCAUGACUGGUGCUUCCUUACCUCUGGGAUUUACAUUCUCCUUCCCUUGUCGCCAGAGCAAACUAGACCAGGGCAUUCUUCUGAAAUGGACAAAGGGUUUCAAGGCCAGUGACUGUGAAGGCCAAGACAUUGUUAUGUUACUUAAGGAAGCAGUGCGUCGUAUCAGGGGUUUUCACUUAAAUUUUGUGGCUGUGGUGAAUGACACUGUGGGAACCAUGAUGACCUGUGCCCAUGAGGAUCCUGAAUGUGAGGUGGGACUGAUUGUAGGCACAGGGACCAAUGCCUGCUACAUGGAGGAGAUGCACAACAUUGAGCUAGUAGAAGGAAACGAAGGUCGCAUGUGUGUCAACAUGGAGUGGGGGGCCUUUGGUGAAAAUGGGGAACUUGAAGACUUUUGCACACAGUUUGAUCACAUGGUGGACGAGAGCUCCAACUAUCCUGGAAAACAGAGAUAUGAAAAGAUGAUCAGCGGCAUGUACCUGGGUGAGAUUGUGAGAAAUGUGCUCAUUGAUUUUACUGCUAAGGGCCUGCUAUUCAGAGGGAAAAUGUCUGAGCGUCUCAAGACCCGGGGCAUCUUUGAGACAAAGUUCCUGUCCCAGAUUGAAAGAGACCGUUUGGCCAUGCGUCAGGUGCGCUCCAUUUUGCAGCAUCUCGGUCUUACCACCUCCACCUGCGAUGACAGUGUCAUCGUGAAGGAGGUGUGCAGCGUGGUGGCACGUCGUGCAGCGCAGCUCUGUGGCGCCGGUCUAGCCGCAGUGGUCGACAAGAUACGACAAAAUCGGAACUUGAAUCAGUUCUCCGUUACCGUGGGGGUGGACGGAACACUUUACAAGACACAUCCACACUUCUCCAACGUCAUAAGAGAAACAGUAGAAGAUCUGGCACCACAGUGUCAGGUGACUUUCUACAAGUCAGAGGAUGGAAGCGGGAAGGGAGCAGCUCUGAUCACAGCUGUAGCCUGCAGGGUCCAGAACGCAGGUGACCUUUAAGAACACUGUCGAAGGCUGUCGGUAGUUAUUUAUUACCAAUAGUACACACAUAGAUUUUCUCUGCUAAAAUAGACACAUGCAAUUUAACUGGACAUGUUCUUAAAGAAGUAGUUACAAAUCAGAUUUUAAUUACACUCCAUCUGAAGCUUCAGAUGCAUUUGAAGGCUUGUUUUUGUUAGAAUGUUUGACACAAAACUGAAUAUUUUUGUAUUUUAGGCCCAGACAUGUAAUUGUAAUGUCAGUUUUUCUGUUAGUUACACCUUCUGCGAAAUAUGACUGUUACAAGAUGAAUGCUUUUUUAAAGAUUAGCAUGUUAGAUGUUUUUGAAUAUAUACUGUGAUUGAAGUUAAAUGUACAUAGGAAAUUAACGUGGCCACCAAAGUAAAAAAGCACAAUGGAUUCAAUGUGUUCUGUUAAUUUAUGAAGUCUUGGGUGUUUGCGGUGUUUUAUGGAAAUAAAGCCCCACAUUGUGCAAGUCCCACACUAUCAUUAAGUUCAGUCGUUGCAUUAUCAGCCUUUCAGUGCUAUUUUUUAAAUUUAAUAUACAAAUUGUAAUACAAGUUUUUGGGGUAUUUACAUGAACAUUUGAACCUAAGCUGCAGCUUUAUUUAUGCGAAAUACGAAAAUAAUGCCAUAGAACAUUUUUCCUUUAAGGUUUUUGAUUUGGCAAAUCAUGAUUUCUUUCAAAAGUUAUAUUUUGCUCCUUGGUCAGGUACUGUGGUAAAGUAGAAAACCCUUGUCUUGCACUCAAGAUUAAAUAGUUUCACAUUUUUAGAUUCACACCCCUCACCUCUCCUCUUCCCCCAUCUAUAUACCGUGAUUAUGAACUUAAAUUGAAUCAAAGGUGAAUUAUAUAUGUAGUGUCUAAUACAGUCAUAAAUAUUGUAGCGUUUCUUCUUGUGUUAAUACGAUGUACAGUAUGUAGCGUAAGCCUAUAAAAACAUCUGCUGAAGGAUGUGUUUAGUGUUAAUUUCCAAUGUAAAACAAAGACAGAUUACACAAGACCACAUAAGGAAACAAUACUCUUAAUUUUGACAUGCGGUAACCAACAACCAUGAUGUGUGGUGUUGCUAUGGUACUGGAGAUACUUUUCUUUUCUACAUUGACGUGAAGGACCAUUAAAGAGAAGGUAGUAAAUUACAUGGCCAAGAAAAUCAAGCUGGGAAGGAUGUGCAGCAGGUGAGGUUGAUUAAAGACAGAAAUAGGAAUGUAAUCACAAGUGAGGAAAGUGUGCUGAGAAGAUGGAAGGAAUACUUUGAGGAGUUGUUGAAUGAGAA